CUACAGAAGGAAGAAGCGCCGUUUUUUUCCUGCCGUGAUGACAGAAACCAACGGUACCGGCAUAUGAGUCGCUCCUCUUUUCUCUGCACAUACUAAACCGGACUGGACCUCCAGUACAUGUUCAAAUAAAAACCUUCAGAACCCCUGAACACUUAAUAUACCUAUUUAAUACUUAUAGAUUCAGAAACUUUCAUGUCGGGUAAUAAUAGACAGAUAAAUCAUAUGAUGGAGACGGAGAUCCACGUGCCGGUCGGGUCACCGACAAUCAGAAAAUUCCCGAUAUUCGUGGACGAACAUAAUGUUACGGAAGGAGCGAUGAAGCUGAUUAAAGAGCUCAGACCAGGCUGGGACCCGAACCUGAUCCAGACUAAGCUUUUCACAGAUGGCACAACUAACAAACUGGUGGGGUGUUAUAUGGAGGACUGCGACGAGGAUGUGGUGUUGGUGAGGGUGUACGGCAACAAGACGGAGCUGAUCGUGGACCGAGACAAUGAACUGAAGAGCUUCCAAGUUCUACACGCCAACGGUUGCGCUCCCCGACUUUACUGCACCUUCCAGAAUGGCAUCUGCUACGAGUUCAUGCAAGGACGCGCUCUGGAUACUCAAGACGUCAGGGACCCUGUGUUACUCAGACUGAUCGCCCGUGAAAUGGCUCGCAUUCACGCCAUCCACGCACACAAUGGCUGCAUCCCCAAACCCAACUUGUGGAUCAAAAUGCGCAAGUACUUCUCGCUAGUGGCCACGGAGUUCACAGACCAAGCCUCUAAUGUCAGAAUUCAGCAGGAAGUGCCCAGUCAGGAAGUGCUUGAACAAGAAAUGAUGUGGAUGAAGGAACACCUGUCGCAGCUGGGCUCUCCUGUAGUGCUCUGUCACAACGACCUGCUCUGUAAGAACAUCAUUCACAAUGCAAAGGAAGGUCAUGUUCGUUUCAUCGAUUAUGAAUAUUCAAGUUACAACUAUCAAGCAUUUGACAUUGGAAAUCAUUUCAAUGAAUUUGCAGGCAUGAGUGAACCCGACUAUGACCUUUAUCCCAGUCAAGAGAUGCAGUUGGACUGGUUGCACACUUACCUGCAGGCCUACAAGCUCUUUACCAAGAAAGGCGAGGAGGUGAGCCAGCAUGAACUGGAGACGCUCUACGUACAAGUCAACAAAUUUGCUCUGGCCUCACAUUUCUUCUGGGGUUUCUGGGCCCUGAUCCAAGCCAAGUACUCCUCCAUCGAGUUUGACUUCCUCGGGUAUGCCGUGCUACGUUUCAAUCAGUACUUCAAGACCAAACCUGCAGUAACAGCCCUGGAGAUCCCCAAAUGAGACUUCAAGACAGAGGGGACAACGCUAGUAUCUGUUGGCCUCACCGUUGACCGUUUGACCAUUGAAACAGAGGCCUUUUCAGUCAGGGGAGGGUAUGAGGUACAGCAGGGGUGAGCACUGGGACCUCUUAUGAUUGGUUGGCAACUUGUCUUCGUUCCACAAAUUCUUGAUUCCUUUUUCAAAAAACAUGUUUCUCUUUGGGACUCCAGUUCAAGUUUUCCAUAAAAUGGAGUGAGUUUUUAUGUUUUAAAUACAAUUUAUUUAUUAAUUGUUACAGGGCACUUGUUUUGCACCAAAAAAGUCCUUCCAUUGUUGGAGCUGACUUUGCUUUGGAGAAUGAUUUGCUGUGAAGGAGGCCUGUAGUGAUGUUUAGCAAGGAUGUUUGUGGAUACUGCAGGCGUUGAUUAACAAGAAACAUCUUAGUUUCUGCGUAUGUGGCCCACUGUUUUUUCUUUUAAAAUGACAAAUGUGCAAAGACCCAAAAAUGUGUUAAUGCUUUCAGAUUUAUCUCCCAGUGCUGGUAUGAUGAGAAGAAAUUGGGGUAAUGGGUAAAAAUCUGGGUUGCUAAUACAAAGGUUUCCGGUUUAGGGCCAAUCAGGGGUGACUCGGGUACUAGACAGUUACUGAGGUCAAAAAUCCUGCCCUGUCCUGCACUAUUACGCACUUGAGCAAAUUACUUAACCCCUGCAAUUAGUCCACCGUAAGUCACUUUGGAUGAACGGCGUCAGCUAAAAGGCAAGUAACCAAGUAACCAAUGAAGUCAAUCUGGCCUCACUUCAGACAUUCCCAAGAAGUCAGGGCCACGAGAAACCUCAGCGUCUGUAGGACCAUGUUUCCACCUAUUUAGUUUUUAUGGUUGUGAGAAGUUCUGUUGAAUUUUCCACUUGUCAGAGUCUGUGGAAUAUUACAGCCUGCUUCCCGCUUCCCCCUCCUUUUCUCGCUCUCUGUCCUAAAUGCGUGUGCAUCACCUGGCAAAGCUCAAACUGAGAUUUGAAAGUCAUUAUCUGCUCAAUGAUCUCUAAUCUCAUUCCUAAUGUCAAACCCCCCUUAAAUAUCAAUUUAAUGGUUUUCCAAAACUGGAAAAGGGGGCAAUAUUUAUGUAACAAUGUUGUGUAGUUUGAUUCAGGUCACCAUCUGUGAGGAUGUCCUGGAGCGAAAAGGACAAGAUUAUUUAAGUUCAGAAUAUUAAAUGCAGAUUUAGGGAUGCGAUUGCCAUCUCACUGGAGAAAAUACCUGGACUUUCUGAUUCUAUGUGGUUUGAAGUUAGAAUUUCAUCUCGUUUCAAUACUGUGCAUUUAAAAUUCUGUCGUGAACAACAAGAGAUAGAAGAUCAGUUCACAGUCUCUUCUAAAAAUUUGUUAUUUAAAUUGCAUUUUAUUUCUUGGUCGUGCUUUUGAUAUUUUCUCUGUGUAAAACAUUCCAGUAGAAACCUGCUAGAGCCCCACAAAGCACAAAAAUCAUCUGUUUAUUUUGUCAUGCAUAUCGAAAAUGCCAAGAAUUGCACCAUUUUAGUCACUCAUUGUACUGUAAACUUAGAGGAGAGAUAAUUAGGGGAAUCUGUCAAGAACAUGCCAGGCCAUAUCCCCGAAAGAAGAAAAAACAAUUAUAUUUUGCAAAGAGAAAUUAAGCCUUUCAAUGACUAUUAAGAUGUAUUGCAUUCAUGACAAUUAGCAUGCAAAUUACUGUAUUAAAGUAAUGAGAAACCAAUGGAAAGCAUUGAGAAGAAUGAGAAUUAAGGGGAAAAAAGUGUGAAUUUGAGGAGGGAAAAAGUCAGACUGCAAGAGAUCUUAAUGGCCCCAAAACAGGUUCUAUUUUCUUUUUAUGCAAAAUUUAAUUUCUUAUUUUUUCACUUUUAAUUUUGGGGUGCAAUGUGACCUGUAACGUUUCUGUGAGAUUCCUCCCUGUAGAGUGGUGCAGGUAUGAUGUCAGAACCCGGAAGACUAAUUCGCCACUGGUUCCUUUUGAGAUUUUCUUAUGGGGUUUUAUAAUGGCCCAGACAGCAACAUAGUGUCGGCCCAGAUCCGGCCCACAUCUGGUACGUGUGGAUUCUACACAUACCAGAUUUGGGCCAGAUUUUGAAGCAGUUAUGUUCAUUUUUGAAAACAUACAUUUUUAAUAAGUAACUAGAUAGACAGUUUAGUGUGUGCAGUGUACAUUGUAGAACAAAGUAUCAUCAAGUUGUGUAUACCACAGGCUUUAUUUUACUCAUAAAUUGAAAACCCCCAUUAUAAAACCUCAUAGUAAAAUCUCGAAGGAACCGGCGGCGAAUUAGUCUUCCGGGUUCUGACGUCAUACCUGUAUCUGUAUAACUGGAAUCACUAUCUCUCUGGCAGCUUCUUGAACCCAAGUGUCCUUUUACUGACCAACCAGAUCAGUCCCCGAUCAAUUAGUACAGCAGUCGUUUUCAGAACGUCUUGAAACUGAAGCUAGACGUUGCGUUUGAGCUGUGGGGUCACAGUGAAAUCUCUGAGGUGUCUCUGGCUCUGUGUCAGGUGCAGGUUAAUAAUGAAACGGUUUGAGCCGCAGGCGACGACUGAAAGCAAGAGGCCCUUCAACAAAACCAUGAAUAAUUUUGUAGCCAGUGUUUCUCUAAUGAGUUGGAACUGCCUGAUAGCUCUGUGCUAAUAUACUUUGUUUCGGUUCUGCUCACUUGUCGCUGCUUGGAUCUAAAACUUGAUCUGCGAUUUUAAGGUCAAUCUUGUGGAAACAUUUCCAGGUCAUAUUUCACCACAUUAUACAAUUUGAAUAAUAUUUUGUACAUUACAGUAAUGAGAAUGCAUUUUUCUCAUUAAGCUAUUAGGUUAAAUUGUCAAAAUGAAGAAAAAAAAAAUCGAAUAAAAUAUGCUUCAGAUUCUUUAUUCAUAAUGUCAUCAUAUUUUGUGGUGAAAUAUGACCCGGACAAGCUUUUGACAGUUUCCAUGAGAUUCAACAUUUAAGGUCAGUUGAUGGAUUUUUACUUCUUUGUCACUUUGUGGUCCAUGAUGACUGAUGACUGAAAAAGUAAAAGUAUGCAUGAAGAAUGUUAUGAAUUUGAACAACAUGUUCAUAUAACAGGAGUGCAAUGGCAAGAUGUAGAUGAACAUAUGUGUAUGUGUCCACCGAGAAAACCACUUCUGUUUGUAAAAUAUUAGUUACUUAUCAGUUUUCUUUUAUGAUGUGAAGGACAUUUCUAAUGUGAAGGGGGGAAAUGUUUACAAGCACCAUUAAUGUUUUUUGGAAAGUUUAAUUUUGUUGAAGCGAGAUUAUAUUUUUCCACUUUAAUAUGAAAAUUUCAAUGUGGCCACAACUGUUUAUUCCCUUUGGAAUUGAGACUUAUGGUGCAACAAAGUAAAUUUUAACAUCCUAGACAUUUCAUAGCACCACCUCUGUAUAUACAUAUAUAUAUAUAUAUAUAUUUUCUCUAUGAUUUGAAAUGACCUUGUAAAUAUCCCUUUUUAAACCUCUGCUCUUAAAAGGGAUGUUUACAGGAAGCAUCUGUGUUGGGAUUUUUAUUGUUAUGAUACCAAACAAGUCUGCUUCACAGUUUGCGCUUUAUUUGAGAUCAGUUCUUUUGUGAAUGUACUGAAACAAUGUACAGAUAAUGUUUAAUUUAUCCUUAUAUCUUUAAUAUUUCUACUUGUUUUGUAUAUUUAACUGAACUGGGAGUGUAUUGGGUUGUUAGGUUGGCAUGGACCCAAGUGUGUUUGCUGGAGACCAGCAGGGGGCGCUACUUUAGUGCAGCGAUGCUUUCGGCACUGAUAAGGAGUUUGUAAAUACUGUGAAAUAUUGUGAAAAACACUGUACAAUGUUUUCGCUUCUAUUCAACUGUGGGAGAAUAAUUUAUUAAUUAUUCCAUAAAUUUCCAUUAAAAUGUCAGAGUUGGA